UCUCUUAAGGAAAACAUAUUUUUCGAUCACACCACCCAGGCAAGUGUCAAAAAUGAAUUAACAAAAUUUCCGUUGCCAAAAAAAUACGCCAAAAAGAUGCCGAAACCAAGUGCACAAUCGAGAUUUAUAAAAUCCCCUGCUCCAGUUCGUGCCCGUGCUCCAGUUCCUGCCUGUACAACUGAUCCUCCGGCUUCACAGCCGUGCAGGACGAGUCUGCUUGAUCUGCCCGAGGAUGUCAUCCGACUGGUUUUCGAUUUCCUAACCCUGCUGCCGGAUAUAGUGCUGCUGGCCUGUGUGGCGCCCAAAUUCCGAUUGGCUUUCGAGGGCUGGGCCAGGACAAGGCGAAACACUCUGGAGGCUUAUACUCUGGAGAUGAUGCCACUGCCGGAAAUGAUCAGGUUCUUUAAGGUGGCUGGGCCUUUUAUAAGGGUACUUCUCGUCGACUGCUCCUCUUUUCAAAAGGAAUCUCUGCUGGUGGAGUUCAUAUCGGAAUAUUGCCCAAAUCUGGAGGAGAUCAAUUACAUUAAUGCCACCGAUGAGUUCCAUUACCGCACCAUCAUGUCCAAGAUGACGCAUCUGAAACGGGUCACUAUUGAAUGUUUGGAUGCAGAGGAUGUGCUGAGCUUUGACCUGCAGUCCAACCAGGAUCUGGAGUCUUUUGAGCUGGUCAAUGGGUGCUAUACGGGCAAAAAUCUGUGCGGUUUUCCCAAUCUCAAAACCUUGGUUCUCCGGGAUUGCCUUUUGUGGAACUCGAUGGAUUUCGGAAUACCCCUGAAAUCUUUGAAAUCUUUGGAUUUGGAUGAUUGCUGUUUUGAGGUGAUGAAUCAGAGCCUGUACCAGAAGAUAGCUGAUAGUUGUACGGAACUGGUGGAGCUAUUCUUCUCCGGCUGCGACACAAAUUUCGAAGUUAUUGCUCAGCUGCCAAAUCUUCAGAAAUGCACCCUGAGAACCUGGAUGACCUCCAAUGAGCUGAACAUCGGAUUUCUUAAUGUUCUGGCAGAGAACAAGGGCAACAAGCUGACCCAUCUACAUUUGUCCGGACAGUUUCAGAUCAGCAAUGAGCAUGCCCGAUGUUUGGGUCGAUUGUGUAGCCUCAAGGAUCUGCGGUUUACCAACAACGAUGUCCUGGAGGACGACCACUUUAAGUUCUUCAACGAUCUCAAUCAGCUGGAGCGUUUGGGAUUGACUUGCUGCGGCCGGGUGUUGGACUUCGGGUUGAUGAGGAUGUUACGCAAGUAUUCUCAGUUGAAUAUUUUUGACUUGAACGAUUGCGACGAGAUUACCGAGGACUUUGUGAUCAACGCGAUACGAUGCUGUUCCAAGGGAAUAAAUCGGAGCAUCGUGAUAAAUGUGAAGGGAACUAAGAUCAGGCCAAGUAUAAUAAUGCAUCCGGAUUACCUGGAUCCCUUGAAUCAAGUGAAGGUCAAUUUCAUAAGUUAGUGAUAUGAGGAGAGAAAAUACCAAAAGUUUUCAUUAGGGAUACCCAAAACAGCUGUAUUCCAAUAAAAUCAGUUUAAUUAUUAUCUUAAAAAAACUAAA